AUGGUUUUCUGUCUGUCGAUAUAUGGAUUCUACGAUUGGUACUGUGAUGGACCGAUAACUGACAAGUAUUUGAAACAAUGGGUAUCCAUCCUUAUUGUGUGGAUCCUAAAUCUACUGGUAACUGCGGUGAUCUACGGACGUCAGUUUGUGUGUGAGGAAAGAAUUAAUAAACUGAAUUCCAUCUUCGUGAAAUUAGCUGAGCAACAUAGGUAUGGUACGGCAAUUAAACGUCGACAGUUUUGGCUUCAGGUGUUGCUUUUGACGUAUCUAUCGGUGUCCAUUGCCGGAAUGUGGUUUAACAUGAAUCCGACGUAUUGGCUUUAUUCGAUGCGUGACUGGUCCCUAUCGGUGGUCCUGAUGGCACCCAUCAUUGUUUGUUCGCUAACGGCCAGCCGCUAUUGCAUGAACUUUUUAGCUGUCAGCAGCAUCCUGGACGAAAUAAACCGAGACCUGUCCCAGCGGGUGCAUCAUUUCCACCGCAUGCAACCAGGUGCAAAUAUUAGCGUAUAUAAAUUAACAAACAUCGAACUGGAAUUAAGCGAUCAUUUGGACCGGUUGAUUAUUCGGUACGAUAAGCUAUAUGAUGUAGUGUUGGCGAUAAUUGAAAUAUAUUCGCCGUCAAUCUUGUUUCUGCUGGUUUUGGACUUUGGCCAGGUGACAUUUCAGCUGUAUAUGUUUUUCUGCGACUUGUCACGUUCUUCGAUGAAUGAUUUGCAUUUGCUAGCCAUCUCCUUUGUAUCGGCCUUUUUCAGCUUCUCAGAGAUUUACUUCGUCGUCGAUGGAACAUCAAAACUCACCGAAAGGGUGAUGGAGGCAAUUCAAAAACUUCAGCAAAUUGGGAUUGUAUUCCUUGAUCAUCGAUUGGUAAAAAGUAUUACCGUUUUGGUCAUGGUUCUUCAGCGUACCCAGGAAGAAACAAUUAUGUUUUACAACUUUGCACUGGACAAAUCGUUCCUGACGACGAUUAUCGCAGCCUCGUGCUCGUACCUGAUUCUGCUGAUUCAGACGGUGUGA